UCGUGGCCUGUAUCUUCUCCGUCUCUAGCCCUUGCAGGCUGUUGAAGAAUCGCGAUGAGACAUCUAUAUGCGGAGCUAUAGUUUCUAUCAUCCAAGGGAUUGCCUUAUGCGUGUGAAAUACCAGGAAACGCUUUCGCACUUCGUGCACAAGUAUUCCUUUAAGGGACCUGAUUUCCUCUUCGUCUAAUUCAGGUUGCUUGCCAAAUCCUGGUGUCCAAUUGAAUAAGACGUAGUCACUUCUUUGUAAGAGCUGAGGCAUAUUACCUCUCGUCAAAGGUAAGAAUAGCUGAGGAUAUUUAUCCUUGAUCGUAAUAUCCUCGUCGUGCACUUUGGUCUUACCGGAUGUCUUCUUCUGGGCAAUAAGAGGCUGCCGAGCGACAAUUGCAUUGUCUUGUUGGGGUUCUACCCCUUGUUCGUCGAUAAUGCCUUCGUCGAGGGCGUUACGACCCUCACCGUUAAUCAAAGAGAAGAGGAAAGAGCUAUACUUGACGAGGCAAGAAGACUAUGGUGACAAGGCUAUAGCCAUAGAGGUGAGUCAUGGAGGUGAUGUGGUCCUUGCAAGUUCUACCAACUACCUUAGAAUUCGGCACCGUGAAGACGUACAAAGUGUCGUCGACGCUAACGACCGGGUUCUGCGAGCACUGUGGGGCGCGUGUGUUCCUGUGUAAUGAGGAGAAGGAGAAGGAGAAGGAGAACGCGGAUAAAGAAACAAAGGUGCUGAAUGUUGCGCUGGGCCUGCUGAAGGCUCCGAAGGGGGCGAAAGCGGAGGACUAGGUUGUGUGGAAGGCGGGGAGGUC